AUGCAGACUCCGAGUGCGCUUCGUCUUGUGGCCCUCGCUGCAACGGCUUCACUUGCUGCUGUAAUCACGAACGCUCAGCAAGUUGGCACCAACACGGCCGAAACUCACCCUUCGCUCACGACUCAAACUUGUACGAAAGGAAGUUGCACGGAAGACUCCAAAACGUCCAUUGUGCUGGACGCCAACUGGCGCUGGUUGUACAAGCAGGGGACGUCAACGAACUGCUACACUGGCAACAAAUGGGACGCGACCAUCUGCAAGGAUCCCAAGACAUGUGCAUCAAGCUGUGCACUUGACGGAGCCGACUACACCGGAACGUAUGGUAUCACGACCGAGAGCGACAGCAUGACCAUGAAGCUCGUGACCAAGGGUCAGUACAGCACGAACAUUGGUUCGCGCGUGUACGUCUCGGAUUCCCCAAAGACUUACAAGUUGUACAAGCUGUUGAACCAGGAGUUCUCGUUUGAUGUGGAUGUGUCAGCCCUUGACUGUGGUCUUAACGGUGCGCUGUACUUUGUCGAGAUGGAUACCGAUGGCGGUAUGAAGCGCUUCCCGACAAACAAGGCAGGCGCUGAAUACGGUACAGGCUACUGCGAUGCCCAAUGCCCGCGAGACCUCAAGUUCAUCAGUGGAGAGGCGAACUCUCUCGAGUGGACGCCGAGCAAGGUGGAUCCCAACGUCGGCUUUGGCAAGUAUGGCUCGUGCUGUGCUGAGCUGGAUAUCUGGGAGGCGAACAUGAUCAGUAACGCGUACACGACUCACCCAUGCACCUCAUCAACAAAGACUACCGGUCCUCAUCGCUGUAUGACUGCGAAGGAGUGUGGGGAUGGCAAGGCUCGCUACGACGGUGUGUGUGACAAGGACGGCUGCGACUUUAAUCCGUACCGUAUGGGUAACAAGACGUUCUUUGGUCCUGGUGCGGAAUUCGCGAUCGACUCGACCAAGAAGUUCACGGUGGUGACUCGGUUCAUCACGGACGAUAACACGGCAACGGGUACUUUGACCGAAGUCUCCCGCUUCUACGUGCAGGAUGGUAAGACUCACGAGAUGCCUCACGCAACCUUUCCGGCGAUCAAGGACAUGAAUUCUUUGACGGACAAGACAUGCUCUGCUUCUAAGAAGCUUUUUGGUGAUACAGAUGAUCACAAAAUCAAGGGCGGCUUAAAGCAAAUGAGUCUUUCGAUGAAGCGUGGUAUGGUGUUGACCAUCAGUCUGUGGACAGACAGCGUUGCGCAAUGCCUUUGGUUGGACUCGGACUACCCCGUGACAGCCGAUGCGUCUAAGCCCGGUGUCUCACGCGGUUCAUGCUCUACUGACUCGGGUUUACCUAAAGAUGUAAUUGCUAAGCAGGCAGAUGCUAGUGUCACGUUUAGCAACAUCCGUAUCGGUGACAUUGGCUCGACGGUGAAGGGUAUGAAGGCCACGUCGACGGCCGGUGCGGCCACUAAGGCUGCUGCUGGUGAGACCACAACUGAGUCUGCGAAGGAGGAGACAGGCACGCAAGAGGAGGAAACAGACACGAAAGCCACAGCUGAGUCUACUAAGGAUGAUGCGAGCAAGGAAACUCCUGCAACUGAAGCAACUGAGACUCCUACAACGGGAGCAGCUGAUACUCCUGAAGGAACUGAGGCAGCUGAUACUCCUAAAGCAGCUGACACUCCUGAAUCAAGUGAGACUCCUAAAGCAGCUGACACUCCUGAAUCAAGUGAGACUACUAAAACAGCUGAGACUUCUGAAGGAAGUGAGACUCCUGCAAGUGAAACGAAAGAGGGGACAGACACGCAAGUCCAAAGUGCAACGAGCACUUCUGCGUCAACGAGUUCGUGCAAGCGCCGCCGCGAGUAG